UUUUAAAUUCUCGUACGGCAGCACAAGCAUUACCUUGACGCGCCAGCGGCUGUCAAAAAGAAAGACUCUUUUCAAGGCAGGAAAGAAAGCUUUCUGAUGGAGCCUUUCGGAUUCGGCCUAAAUUGAAACCUUAUGUGUGGCAUGUGGAAUUCUGGGACUUUGGCUGGCUCCCAAGAAUCCACAGAAUGUGAGGGAUUUUUUUUCCCUCUUUCUGCCUCUCUUUCUCCCUCUAUUUCCCCCCCCCCCCCCCCCCCUUCUUAUCCCUCCUCCUAUGUGUGCGGUGUUGACUUACAUCAGCUCUUGCGAAGGCGCCGCCAAAGUGAGCCAACAAGACGUUUAAGCAAGCCCGAUCCCCCCUCACUGGAAUAUUCUUUGGACAAAUGCUCUGAAAGGAUAAAAGUCGAGAUCCAUUCCAAUCCAAACACGUGUUUGUGAUGAAGCGCCCGCGCCAUGUCCGCCUGUCGUUGCUGCUCCUCGUGACCUCUCUCGCAUCUGUCAGCUCGCAAGUCAACCCAGGUGUGUGUCGGUACCCCUUGGGAAUGUCUGGUGGGCAAAUUCAGGAUGAGGACAUCUCCGCCUCUAGCCAGUGGUCCGAAUCCACCGCUGCUCGAUAUGGCAGGUUGGACUUCGAAGAGGGUGACGGCGCUUGGUGUCCGGAGAUCACGGUGGAGCCAGACAACCUGAAAGAGUUCCUGCAGAUUGACCUGCGCUCGCUCCAUUUCAUCACCCUGGUGGGCACUCAGGGUCGCCACGCCGGUGGCAUUGGAAACGAGUUUGCACAAAUGUACAAGAUCAAGUACAGCCGCGAUGGCAGUCGCUGGAUCUCGUGGAGAAACCGGCAGGGCAAGCAGGUGAUCGAGGGUAACAGGAACGCCUACGACAUCGUGCUGAAGGACCUGGAGCCGCCUGUCAUCGCCCGAUUCGUGCGCUUCAUGCCCGUUACGGACCACUCCAUGAACGUCUGCAUGAGAGUGGAGCUGUACGGCUGCGAAUGGCUCGAUGGUCUGGUGUCAUACAACGCUCCUGCGGGCCAGCAGAUGAAUUUACCCGAGCACGUGGUCUAUCUCAAUGACUCUGUCUACGACGGCGCCAUCAUCCACAGCAUGACAGAAGGCUUGGGUCAGCUGACGGACGGCGUGUGCGGCCUGGACGAUUUCAUAGACAGCCACGUGUACAACGUGUGGCCCGGCUACGACUACGUGGGCUGGAGCAACCAAAGCUUCCCCGGCGGAUACGUGGAGAUCAUGUUUGAGUUCGACCGCAUACGGAACUUCACCACGAUGAUGGUUCACUGCAACAACAUGUUCACGCACAACGUCAAGGCCUUCCAGCAAGUGGUCUGCUACUUCCGCUCUGAGAUGGAUUGGGAGCCCACGCUUCUCACCUUCAGCCCCACGCUGGACGACGAGGACCCCGGCGCACGUUUCGUCCCCAUCCCGCUUGCCAAUCACAUGGCCAGCGCCAUCAAGUGCCAGUUCUACUUUGCAGACAUAUGGCUGUUGUUCAGCGAGAUCACCUUCCAGUCAGACACAGCCAUGUAUAACACAACGCUGACUCCUCCCAAGACAGGACUUCCGCCCAUCAUCCAGCCAGAGGACGACCCCACUCAUAAAGUGGACGACAGCACAACACGCAUUCUGAUUGGCUGCCUGGUGGCUAUCAUUUUCAUCCUGGUGGCCAUCAUCGUCAUCAUCCUGUGGAGGCAGGUGUGGCAGAAGAUGUUGGAGAAGAGCGAGACUUUCAUCUACAGUCACAACCAGUCGAGCAGCGCCACCAGUGAACAAGAGUCCAGUUCUACUUACGAGCGCAUCUUCCCGCUGGGACCAGAUUACCAGGAGCCCUCGCGGCUUAUCUGCAAACUGCCCGAGUUGGCACAGAACUCAGAGGAACCCGCUUCCAGCAGCACGGCGGCCCAGGACGGCGUCCCCCACUACGCCGAGGCGGACAUUGUCACCCUGCAAGGCGUAACCGGCGGCAACACGUACGCCAUCCCGGCGCUCGCCAUGGACUUGCUUUCCGGGAAGGACGUAGCGGUUGAGGAGUUCCCGCGGAAGCUGCUCACCUUCAAAGAGAAGCUGGGAGAGGGCCAGUUUGGAGAGGUGCAUCUAUGUGAGGCAGAGGGAAUGCAGGAGUUUAUGAAUAAAGAGUUUCUAUUUGACGUGCCAGAAGAGGCCACGGUUUUAGUGGCAGUGAAAAUGCUACGGUCAGAUGCCAACAAAAACGCAAGGAAUGACUUCCUAAAAGAGAUCAAGAUCAUGUCUCGCCUGAAGGACCCCAACAUCGUCCGCCUGCUGGCCGUGUGCAUCUACAGCGACCCUCUGUGCAUGAUCACAGAGUACAUGGAGAACGGAGACCUCAACCAGUUUUUGUCCCGCCGUGAGCCAGAGGGACAGUUGGCACUACUCAGCAACUCGCCCACAGUCAGUUUCGACAACCUGUGCUACAUGGCCGCCCAGGUAGCGUCAGGAAUGAAGUAUCUCUCCUCACUUAAUUUUGUGCACCGAGAUCUGGCCACGCGCAACUGCCUGGUGGGCAAGAACUUCACCAUCAAGAUAGCCGACUUCGGCAUGAGCAGGAACCUGUACAGUGGCGACUACUACCGCAUCCAAGGUCGAGCGGUGUUGCCCAUCCGCUGGAUGUCUUGGGAGAGCAUCCUGCUAGGAAAGUUCACGACGGCGAGCGACGUGUGGGCCUUCGCGGUCACCCUGUGGGAGAUCUUGAACUUCUGCAAGGAGCAGCCCUACUCGCAGCUUACAGACGAGCAAGUCAUUGAAAACACGGGAGAGUUCUUCAGAGAUCAGAAAAGACAAAUCUACCUGCCACAGCCGGUGUUGUGCCCAGACUCGCUCUACAAGGUCAUGCUGGGUUGCUGGAGGAGGAACACCAAGGAAAGACCGUCUUUCCAGGAAAUACACAGAGCCCUCCUGGAAAUACAAUCAUAGAGCCACUGCGACGUUUCACGCAGAUGACCGUGUGUCCGACGUGAUCCAGGCUUUUAAGCUACUUGCGCGUUUCACCUGUGUUAGUGUUUGGAGAACACUGUGCGGCGGACGUACGUGCUACGGACCGACCAGAGACACUCGUCCACAAAUUCUUACAACAAAACACAACACACUGCAUGGUUGUGCUACUUCAGUUUAACUGUAGCAAGUGGCAUUCUGCACUUUUCAUGUUGUAUGUUAGAAUAUGAAGUUGAAAUGUCACAUUAUUUUUUUUUGUGUUAUUGUUUGGAAGACUGCUUGAAUGUAGUGGGGGGGAAAGUGCACCAGAUUUCAAGUGUUUCAUCUCAGUCUCCUCGUCGAAUAAGAAGGAAAUGUCACCUCUGAAACGUCUUUCUUUUUGUGCUGUGUAAAGACAACCAGUAUUUUGUACUCAUAUUUAUAUACUGUGUGUUGAUAUUUGACUGUUUAUGUGUGCUUGGUGUAAUUGUGUAUGAAUAUGCUCCUUUUUUCCAUAUUUUUUCUUGGAUUAGUGAUUGAAACAAAAGUGGGUGGAUGGAUCGUGCAAGAUGUGGAAAGUAGAGUUGUUGGAUAGUGUACGCGUUGUCAUGGAAACGGGUGGCAAGGUGCGUUACGGGUGCCGAAAGGGGUCAGGGAUGUAUAUGUUCAAUGUAAGAUAUCAAACGGGGUGAAGUGGAGACAUAUUUAGUGUUUUUGUACAGUAUUGUAGUAAAAAUUGUUUAUGUACUGUACUUGUUAACGAACGUUGUACAUUGAUUAUAAAAUAAAACAGUGAAUUCCA